AUGUCUGCCUGCGGAAGCUCUGCUUGUUCAUGCGGCGCUGCCUGCAACUGCAGCACUGGCAACAGCUGCUGCCCGAUGAGGUCCAUGGACACAUUCGAGAGCUCCGAGAUGAGAGGCUUUGAGGGCGCGAGAGAAGGAUGCAAGUGCGGUGACAAGUGCUCAUGCAACCCUUGCAACUGCAAGUGA